GAGAGCGAGAAGUGGAAGGGGAACCGGAAGGGCUGCGAGUGAAGCAGAAGGGAAGAAGUGCAUCUGAGAGGGCGAGGGGUGCGCGUGCACCCGCCUCUUCCCCCAGCUCUGCCCCGGCCCGGCCCCCGUGCCCGGCGGCCAGGUGACAGCGGAGCCCGGCACGCGUGCGUCGCCCGGGCGCGAAUCGCGCGGCACCCCUCCCCCGCGUUCCGCCCGUCCCGUUCUGUCCCGUCGCGUCGCGUACGUCCAGUCCGGAGCCGUCCCUUAGGUUGCCGCCGGCGGGUGCCGAUGCCAGUCGUCCGCCGCGGGGGCAGCUCUUGACUCCGGUCCCUGUCCGCUGCCCUGCCGUCCCUCUCGCGGCGCCGGCCGCUGUUGCGGCCCCAGGAUGCAGAAUGUGAUUAACACGGUGAAGGGAAAGGCGCUGGAAGUGGCCGAGUACCUGACCCCGGUCCUCAAGGAAUCAAAAUUUAAGGAAACAGGUGUAAUCACCCCAGAAGAGUUUGUGGCAGCUGGAGAUCACUUAGUUCAUCACUGCCCAACAUGGCAAUGGGCUACAGGAGAAGAAUUAAAAGUGAAGGCAUACCUACCAACGGGCAAACAGUUUUUGGUAACCAAAAAUGUGCCAUGCUACAAACGCUGCAAACAGAUGGAGUAUUCAGAUGAAUUGGAAGCUAUCAUUGAAGAAGAUGAUGGUGAUGGGGGAUGGGUAGAUACAUAUCACAACACAGGUAUUGCAGGAAUAACUGAAGCUGUGAAGGAGAUCACAUUGGAGAAUAAGGAUAGUAUAAAACUCCAAGAUUGCUCAGCACUGUGUGAAGAGGAAGAAGAGGAAGAUGAAGGAGAAGCUGCAGACAUGGAAGAAUAUGAAGAAAGUGGAUUGUUGGAAACAGAUGAGGCUACUCUAGAUACAAGAACAAUAGUAGAAGCUUGUAAAGCUAAAACUGAUGCAGGAGGGGAAGAUGCUAUUUUACAGACCAGAACUUAUGACCUGUAUAUCACUUAUGAUAAAUAUUACCAGACCCCACGACUAUGGCUGUUUGGCUAUGAUGAGCAACGGCAGCCUUUAACAGUUGAGCACAUGUAUGAAGACAUCAGUCAAGAUCAUGUGAAGAAAACAGUGACCAUUGAGAAUCAUCCUCAUCUCCCACCACCUCCUAUGUGUUCUGUUCACCCAUGCAGGCACGCUGAAGUGAUGAAGAAAAUCAUUGAGACAGUUGCAGAAGGAGGGGGAGAGCUUGGGGUUCAUAUGUAUCUUUUAAUUUUUUUGAAAUUUGUACAAGCUGUCAUUCCAACAAUAGAAUAUGACUACACGAGGCAUUUCACAAUGUAACGAAGAGAAUAUAGAAUCUGUCCUAAUUAUUCUGAUUUUUAAAGAAUUAAUGCAUAGAUGUGACCAUUGACCAUAUUUACCAAUAUGUAUAAUUUCUCUAAUAAAGGGAGUUAUAUAUGUUUAUGCAUUAAAUAAAAAAGUUCCACUACUAGCCUUAUUUGUUUAAUAAAAAUGAAUGUGAAG